AUGGCUUCUUCAUGGCUAAACCUUGAAAAUUAUUCAAUUCCUUUGGAGGAGAUCAAUCUUGCCACCGACAACUUCAAUCCACAAAGAUGCAUUGGAGGUGGUGGAUUUGGUUAUGUCUACAGAGGACAACUCUCAAAACACUGGCAAGAUCGCAUAGUUGCUAUCAAACGCCUAGCUAAGGAUAGCUACCAAGGGGAGCGCGAAUUCCGCAACGAGGUCGAGAAGAUUUCCGGAUUCUACCAUGAAAACAUCAUCUCCUUCCUUGGUUAUUGUGAUGAAGAUAAUGAGAUGAUUAUAGUUUAUGAGUAUGCAACAAAUGGAAGUCUUGACCAUCAUCUCAAAGAUCAAAAUAAGAUGUGUUGCAUAACAUGGAUACAGAGGCUGAAGAUUUCCCUAGAGGCAGCUAGCGGUCUCAAUUAUCUUCAUGCGGGUCCUGGGGAGCAUAAAAGCGUAAUACACCGAGACAUCAAGAGUGCAAAUAUUCUGUUAGAUGACAAUAUGGUUGCAAAAAUUUGUGAUUUUGGGUUGUCAAGAUCAGGAACCAAAAGUCAUCCAAGUAGCCAUAUAUAUACAAAGGUUGCGGGUACCCAGUAUUACAUAGAUCCCACUUACAUUGAAAGCCGCAUCCUCCGUAAAGAGUCGGACAUAUACUCCUUAGGUGUGGUACUGUUUGAAAUGCUCACUGGGAUGCUGGUUUAUCGUCCAAGUAGAAUCGGAGAGGAUAAUACUAAGACUGACUCUCUCAUAAAGUUGGUUCGAAAAUACUAUCCCAAGGAACCCGACAGAUUAAUUGAUCCAUGUAUAAAAGAUCAAAUUAGUAGUCGUUCCUUUGAUACGUUUAAAAAAAUUGCAUGGCAAUGUAUUAGUUAUGAUUUUAAGAAACGACCUACGUUAGACAUGGUGAUGAAGAGGAUCCAGGAAGCAUUGGAUAUUCAAUUGCAGGAAAAUGUUUCAGCCCAUUUUGAGCGUAUUGGGAAAGACAAUGGAUUUAAUCAUGGAAAACCUGUUGCAGCGUUUACCAUAUACAAAUUGCUUCUUCAUCCGAAUUACAUUGAAGCUGAAAAAACCAAGUUUUUUGAACGACUUUUACAGAUAUUUGUUACAGCAGAUAAGUACCAAAUAUCCAAUCGGGGGACGGAGUAUUGGUUAUCAUGUGCAUCUAAUCUAUUAUUCUUAAUCCAAAGAAGUCUAAAACUUGAUGCUGCAAGUUCAGUUCAGGAACCACCACCUUCAACUUUGGCUGAGGAUGAGAUUGUAGAGCAAGUUCAAGUCAGAAACCAAGUGCUACAUUUCAAGGAUCAACUAACAAAGUAUCUUGAGUAUAUGUGCAACAUUAUUUUUGAUGACAUGAAGAAAGAGCUGCGACUAUUACUUGCAUUGGCUAUUCAGGUACUUGAAUUCUGAUUCGUUCUUGUUGGGCUUGGAAAUCCCCCUAUGAAAUACUAGAAUAGAAUUACAAUGCAAGCAGCAACCGUCUCUCAACUAUUACAAAACUACAAUCUAAUUUUCUAACAUUUACUCGAAAUGUUCCACUCUAACUACUGUAUUUUUGGGA